GGGAGGCUGGUGAGCCAUUGAGACUCUGCUGGUAUCGACGCGAGAAGGGUACAAGCGGCGUGUGGACUGUGGACUGCAUUUCUACACACUACAUACGGAUUGGAAGGCGACGUCUGUGAAGUUGGAUGAUAAAUGCAGACGUCUGUCUGGUCUUUUUAGAGUGUGGAGCUGGGAAAAGAACUUGAAGCUAGUCAGUCCCUCUAGUCGUCGCAUCACAAGUAGUUGGAAGUUGGAACGGAGGGCACUCUCAAAGUUUGACACUGGCCGACGUCGGUCUGCUCGAUUGAGCCUCAGCCCAUCUGGCUGGAAAUACACAAACCUCGACAACACAAGGCUGGCCCACAUGAGCUAGUACGGGAACAACUCCUUCUUCUUCUUCAUCAUCAUGUUCUUCACAUUCACGUUUCCGAUCUUUACCCAAACAGAAGGGUUGGAGUGAGUGCUCUAGCCGAAGUUUGAGAAAAUAUCCCGAAUCGAAGAAUACUUUUACAUCGUUGAGUGUGUCCCUCAAGACAGUGCUGAAUGGGGAGAACGAGGCAAAGUGCGAGAAAUUCAUUCCUUUAGGACUCUAACUUGUGCUUUUGUACACUAGAAUGAGUCGGUCUGCCUGACAAACUCGUGAUAAAACUACUACCCCUUCUUUCACUUAGUCAAUACGCACGCAUCUCGACCCCCAGCAUGAUUCCUCCAAACUCGAAGCCCAGCGUGGAGUCCAUCUCCGAGGCCUUAUCCACCAGCACGGCCUUUCCGGCACCUGGUUUGGCCAUGAUAUCACCAGAAGAUGCACCAACCAUGGAAGACACAUCGAAGGUUGGCGGGUGGGUGUGGAUAUUUCUAUUUGGUUGUGUCAUCUUCCUGUCCUUGGUGUCCAACCUAGCCCUUUGCACUGCCGUCUUCACCGACCGGAGGAAGCACAAGAUUGUCUAUUUCAUGCUCAUUCUCUUCUUUGUCAUCAACCUCAUUGACUAUUCCGUGCUUCUGUUCGAGUUCAGUCUGGGGAUGGAACACCUCUUCCCCUACAGUGAGGGCAUUUGUACCUUGUACCAAGUUACACUUCGCAGUUAUCCCAUCCUUCAAGCAUGGGCCAUUGUCAUACUUCUUCAUUACACUUGCAAUGUGUAUUUGCUCCCAGAGGACUUGCCUUUUCGCACCGCCGUGGGAGCUGCUAGCCAAAGAACCAGCAACCAUCAUCAUCAUACAUUAGUGCAAUGCAACUCCCGGACUAGCAACUUGUACUUGUUUGGCUCCAUCCUGUUGGGGUUGUUCCUAGCAACUUGCCUCUUCUCCAUUCCGACGGCAUAUUUUGCCAAGGUUGUGGUUUUUGAGGAGAAUCUUCGCUAUUGCGAGAUUGAUCCUUCAGCCUUGGCCUCACCUCAAGGCAAUGUGCACAAGGCAGUCUCCUUUUACUAUCUCAUCUACCAAGCCCUGCUUAGCUAUUGGCUGCCCCUACUGGUGUCCAUACCUUUCAUGCUUCGUCUGGCUUACUCCAAACACGGGAAUAAAUAUCCUGAGGUAGCUCUGGUCUCAUCCACGGCCAUCUCGUUCUUCGUGUUCUAUCUUCUCCAUGGAUGCGUUGUCCUCAUCCGUCACUCUCUGGAUGUCUCCGGUCAUGAUCUCUCCACAUACCACGCCUGGAUGAUCAAGGUGUUACAAUCCCUCUUCUGGCUCCUGGCCUUUUCCUGGCACGUUUUCCGAGCCGCUCUGGUCAUUCUACUUGACCCCGAUCUCAAGGAGUCCGUGCUCCACCCGUCGUGUUGCUUUGCUAGGCGGUCCCCACCCGCAUCGUCCGCGUCUACGAUAGGAAUCUUUCCCUCAUCCUUCCACACUUCUCCUUCUCCGUUAGCCCUUUUUCGUGAGGGAAGGCGGGAUCAGCACAACCAAGAUCUCGAGAACCGUCUGCUUAUGAAGGUGUCCACAAUGCCCCUGUUUCGGGCCCCCCUUCCAGCCGUUCAAAAGAAAGAGGAACAGAUCCACUUGUUCCACGGGGAAGCUGAUGAUAGUACUCUCUAAUGUGAAAUAGCUAAGAACCCUCUUCAAACCCAAAGGUGUGGCUUGGACGCAAGUGCAAAGACUGUUAGUCAAAAGAAAAAUGAAAACCACAACAAAUCCAAACUUGGAGAGAGAUAGGCCCCAUUGGUUUUUAAAUGAUAUAGCUUGACUUCUUCUAUACCAUAAGCCGACAUCCCUUUCUGUUCGCGUCUGAGCUAGACAUUCGGUUGGGCAAUGUGUCUUUUUGGUUCAACCAAGCCAUGGCCUCCAUUGAAAUCAUUUCAUCUCAAAUUGUCAUAAAUGUAAGAAAAUGUCCUGGUGAGGAGAAGAUGGAUAGAUUAAUGAUGUCCUUUUCAUUUGAUGUUGGCAUUGCCGUUCUGUUUCACAACGAUUCUGGAUGAUGCCGACGAGAAAAAAAAGGAUCUAAGACCUGAGUAAAAUAUGUCGAACAGAACUGAUGGCCAACAAAAACAAGUCUGUCUUUAGAAAGUCAAUUUGUAUACCAGAUAUAUAUAUAUAUAUAUAUAUAUAAACACCCCGCUCCCGAAUAUUUACGACUAAAUAAUCGUGCAAUUAGUAUUCCUUAGCCAAUUUAUGUUACUCCCUCGCCGACCCGACGACCUCAAUAGAAUGCUUUGCUUGCGGAGAAACGAUUGAUAGACAUUCGUGCGAAACGUCUUCAAAUCUCCAAAUUAACUUUUCCCUCAACCAUCAUUAUUCGCUUGAUUAUAAUUAUUAUUGUCAUUAUGAUUAUUAUUCAUAUUGUGUGUCAGUAAGUAAAUUCAUUCAGUUCUUUGUACAUUGUUUUUCUCGGUGAAAUCCCUUUCGGAAGGGACUUUCUUCUUGUUGCAUAGAAAAAAUAAAUGUCAAAUUCAAAGAUUGAAAGCUUCA